AUGCCUCAGUCCGCCGCCACCGCCGGCGCCGCCGCCUUCGUCUUCCCGGCCGUCGCGGUCCCCUGCCGCGUGCUUCCUCAACGGCGGGCGAGGAGCCUCGCCGUCCGCGCCGUCGCCUCCCCUCCAGCCUCCACGGUCAAGCCCGCCCCGCCGCCCUCCAAGACUGGGAAGUGGGAGUGGAAAUUCGAGAAUAAGCCGGUAAACAUAUACUAUGAGGAACAUGAGCAGGAGGUUGCUGAGAAUGUGAAGAACAUUCUCAUGAUCCCUACGAUCUCUGAUGUUAGCACAGUGGAGGAGUGGAGGGUGGUUGCCAAAGAUAUUGUUGGGCGAAAAGGAGAACUUGGCUACCGUGCUACUAUUGUUGAUUGGCCUGGUCUUGGUUAUUCAGAUAGGCCAUCACUGAACUACAAUGCUGAUGUGAUGGAGAGCUUUCUGGUUGAACUAAUAAAUUCACCAAACAGUCCAGUGGCAAAUGCAGAUGAUGAGCUGGUCAUUGUUGGAGGUGGUCAUGCAGCAACAAUAGCAAUUCGUGCAGCUGGUAAGGGCCUUAUAAGACCAUCUGCUGUUGCUGCUGUUGCACCUACUUGGGCUGGACCCCUUCCCAUCGUAUUUGGCCGAGGUUCUGAUAUGGAAACAAGAUAUGGGCUUCUACGAGGAACCCUCAGGGCUCCAGCCCUGGGCUGGAUGAUGUACAAUGUUCUGGUGAGCAAUGAAAAGUCGAUCCAAUCUCAGUACAAAUCCCACGUCUAUGCCAACCCUGACAACGUGACGCCUGAUAUCAUCGAGAGCCGAUACGAGUUAACCAAAAGAAAAGGCGCACGGUUCGUCCCUGCGGCCUUCCUGACAGGCCUCCUCGAUCCUGUCCAAUCAAGGGAGGAAUUUCUGCAGUUGUUUGCCAAGUUAGACGGAGAUGUGCCAAUUCUGGUGGUGUCAACGCUCAAUGCUCCCAAGAGGUCCAAGGCUGAGAUGGAGGCUCUCAAGGGCUCUAAAGGCGUGACAAAGUUCGUGGAGGUUGAAGGCGCUCUUCUACCGCAGGAAGAGUACCCCUUGGCAGUCGGGGAGGAACUCUACAGCUUCCUUCAGGAAUCAUUCGCAACAAGAAGAUGA